UCAACACUCUGUUCCAAGUCUUCCUGCCCCACUUUCUCUCUCUAGCUCUGCAUUUUUCUCGAGAAAAAAGAAAGCGAGCGAGAAAAUUUCGGUUACUCGGGAAAGAAUUGGGAAGAAAAUCAAGGGUUCUAUAUCAGCUCCAACGAUGGAGAUGACAACUGAGAUUUUAAGUUUCUCAUUCUCAUCGCCAUUUACCUGAAUUUCUUCUCCUAUUCCUGUUUUUUUCAGGUUCUCUGUGUUCCAGCUUACAGAGAAGGUUUUCUAUUUCAACAUUUGAAUAGUGACUCGAACCAGAUUCUUUGCGCCACUGGAAGUCUGGAAAGACUUUAUAGAUCAAAAGAGUCUGACAAAAUCCCCAGUUAGGAAUACAACAGCUUUGGUUGUCCAGUAUUUGUUUUCUUGAAGAACUUUGAAUUUGUUCGAAGUUCAAAUUUUUGUUAGUUUUAGACUUGCGGAGAGAGGCUUUAGUUCUUGGAUACCUUUCUUACGAGUUUUGAGUAUCGUAAUCAGUUGUAUCUCGUUUACGUAAGUUUUCCAGAAUGGAGACUCUGAUUCUUGAAGUAUUCUAGGGGGAUUUAAAUCUUGUAGAUUGAUUUUAGUCACUGGGGGUAUAUAUUUAGAGGAUAAACAAUGUCGAUUGCCAGUGUUGCACUUAGUCCAGGAUAUGAAGAAUCUUUGGAUUUUCCUGGUAAUUUUACCAGUCAAUAUGGUCCGCCUAAUGGUGAUUCAAUCUUGAUUUACCUUAGUGUUGCUGGUUCUGUGAUUCCCAUGAGAGUUAUGGAGUCUGAUUCCAUUGCUUCUGUGAAGCUGAAAAUCCAGGCUUCUAGAGGGUUUUUUGUGAAGAAACAGAAACUGGUAUAUGAUGGAAGAGAACUGGCUCGGAACAAUUCUUGUUUCCGUGACUAUGGGGUCACCGAUGGGAAUUUGUUGCAUUUGGUACUAAGGCUUUCAGAUCUCCAAGCUAUUACUGUUAGGACUGUAUGUGGGAAGGAGUUUGAGUUCCAUGUUGAAAGGAGAAGAAAUGUGGGUUAUGUGAAGCAGCAGAUUGCUGAGAAAGGGAAAGGGUUUGUUGAUCUCAAAGAUCAAGAGCUGGUAUUUGAUGGUGAGGAGCUUGAAGAUCAGAAACUUAUUAAUGAUAUCUGCAAGAGAAACGAUGCUGUUAUCCACUUGUUGGUUAGAAAAUCUGCAAAAGUAAGGGCUAAGCCUAUUGAAAAGGAUUUUGAAGUGUUAAUUGAGGCAUCGAAUUUAUCUAAGAACAGGACUGGCUUAGUUAGAAAAUGCCAGCAGAGCUCAGAAUUUGUGGGUUGCCGGGUUGUAGAGAAGGAGCCGGUGCAAAAAGAUUUCCUUUUGGAACCUCUAAUUGUAAAUACUAGGGUCAAACUUUCAUCACUAACUAAACAGCUUAUUAACUCUACUUAUGAUGGUCUAGACAGAGGCCAUGAGCCAGUUCGAUCUUCGGAUGGAUCAGGAGGAGCUUAUUUCAUGCAAGAUUCUUCUGGUCUGAAGUAUGUUUCAGUUUUCAAGCCAAUUGAUGAAGAACCAAUGGCUGUGAAUAAUCCUCAAGGGUUACCCUUGUCACUGGAUGGUGAAGGCCUGAAGAAAGGAACUAGGGUAGGAGAAGGUGCAUUGAGGGAAGUUGCAGCCUACAUUUUAGAUCAUCCUAGGAGUGGACCUCACUCAUUAGAUAAUAAGGAGAAGGGCUUUGCUGGGGUUCCCCCCACAGUUAUGGUUAAGUGCUUGCACCGCAGGUUCAAUCAUCCAGAAGGUUUUGAGUAUUCUACCAAGAAUGUUAAGCUUGGGUCACUGCAGAUGUUCAUGAAGAACAACGGAAGUUGUGAGGAUAUGGGCCCUCGUGCUUUCCCAGUUGAGGAGGUACACAAGAUUUCUGUGUUAGACAUAAGGUUGGCAAAUGCAGAUAGGCAUGCUGGGAACAUUUUGGUUCACAGAGACAUCGAAGGUCGGAUUACGCUUAUUCCAAUUGAUCAUGGCUAUUGCUUGCCAGAGAAUUUUGAAGACUGCACAUUUGAAUGGCUAUACUGGCCACAAGCUCACCAACCUUACUCCCCUGACACUGUUGAAUACAUCAAAUCUCUGGAUGCUGAACGGGAUAUUGAACUCUUGAAGUUUCAUGGGUGGGAUUUACCACCUCAGUGUGCCCGAAACCUUCGCAUUUCCACCAUGCUGCUGAAGAAAGGUGUAGAGAGAGCACUCACUCCCUUUGCCAUUGGAAGCAUCAUGUGCAGGGAAACGGUGAAGAAGGAAGCUGUUAUUGAGCAGAUCAUUGAAGAAGCACAAGAGGCUGAGCUCCCAGGGAUAAGCGAAGCAGCAUUUCUCCAGACUCUGUCAUCCAUCAUGGAUCGACGCCUCGAUGAACUAUUCCCUUAGAGAACAAUGUAGUGAAUAAGUAGGCUUAUCAUAUAUGUGUGCAUGUCACUGCACAUGAUGUAUGGACAACGCCUCUCCAUCCAUGUUUUUUUAAUGGGACUGCAGGUUGUUGGUUAGCAUUUGGAACUUGUCCGAAUCACCCUUCAUUUGUGCAUGUCACUGCGCAUCUCCAUCCAUGUUUUUAAUGGGACUGCGGGUUGUUGGUUGGCAUUUGGAACUUGCUGAAUCACCUUCAUAUUGUUCAUUUUGUUCAUACAUAGUAAGACUUAGACCGCUCCUUUUCUCCUUAUCUCUCUUCUUUUGACCACUUGGAAACAUACAUAAACAGUUUCCAUAAGAAAAUUUCACCGAUGGAUGUAUAUUUUUGUCUUUUUGUUUCUUGUUUACUCAAGAAUACAGGAAAAGAAGAACACUGGUAUUACAUUUUUCGUGAAACAAAUCUAUUUGAACUA